UACAAUUGAACAUCUGCAAGAUAAGAAGGAGGAGGAAGAAGAAGAAGAAUAGGAGGAGCGUUACCCAUUCCAAAUUCAUCACUUCAUCUGCAACUCUGACUGAAAAACAUCCAUCCAUCCAUCCAUCGAUCGAUCUAUAGAUUCGUCUCAAUUGAUUCAUAAGCCCUCCUUCCUCUAGAUUUACGCGCAAAAACCCAUUUCUCCUUCACUUGAUCUAGUGGUACACACGUACGCAAUCAAGCUUUUUCUAAAUCCACAACUUUUUUUGCUUUCUUUGGUGGUUUCUGAAUUUGGGUUUGUCUCACUGCCUUUUGACUCUAGACUUAAUUUGGGUGAAUCGGGAAAUAUUCGCCGGAGUUGGGCGAUGAAAAACAGAGUUGAGGAUAGACAGCAAUGACUUCAGUGUCAUUGGGUCUUCGUAGUUCAGGAAGCUAUGGAUCAUUACAGCAACCGAUCCAGAACGGUCUAUUGCCAAUCCAAACAACUCCCCCAUUUUCUACCCGGAAAACUUCAAAGAUGCUUAAGGAGAAAGACAGUUUCUUCCAAUGGAUCUGUAAAUACGUCGGCCGGAAGAAGGUCGGGAUGCUCCUCUUAUGUGCUGUUUCGGCUGCAGUUUUUAUUUGGGUAUUGUAUGUUGGCAAAGGUGAGAAUUCACAGGAGGCUGAACAAGGGAUGAGGAUUACAAUUUCAGAUAAUCAUUCAACCCUUGAUCAAUGGGGAAAAGACAGUAAUCUCACUUCUAUGUUUUCUUCAAUGGGAUAUCAUCCACCUCCCUUAAUUGCCCCACCACCGCCACAGCCACCACCUCCGACUCCAUAUUUUAGUGGCUAUAUCCUUCCUCAGGGUAAUCCAUGCGAAACCUUUACAUUGCCGCCACCACCAGCCGAUAAAAAGAGGACAGGGCCACGUCCUUGUCCUGUUUGCUACCUUCCAGUAGAACAAGCAAUUGCAUUAAUGCCACAAUGGCCAUCAUUUUCACCUGUUCUUAAAAGCUUAAGUUAUAUCCAUGAAGAAGAAAACUCGAUAAAGAGCGAGUUUGGAGGGUCAGAUUUCGGAGGAUAUCCUUCUCUAAAUCAGAGAACCGACUCUUACAACAUACGUGAAUCCAUGAAUGUGCAUUGUGGUUUUGUAAGAGGAAAUAAGCCUGGUCGUCAUACCGGUUUCGAUAUAGAUGAUCUUGAUCUUCUUGAGAUGGAGAAAUGCUCUGGAGUGGUUGUUGCAUCUGCCAUCUUUGGUGCUUAUGAUCUCAUACAACAGCCCACGAAUAUAAGUGAAACUGCGGCGAAAAACGUCUGUUUCUUUAUGUUUGUGGAUGAAGAGACCGAGAAUUUUUUAAGGAAUUCUAGUGAACUGGAUAAUAGAAAGAAGAUUGGUUUAUGGAGAAUUGCUGUGGUUAGAAAUCUUCCUUAUUCUGAUCCACGACGUAACGGAAAGGUGCCAAAGCUUCUUCUGCAUAGGCUAUUCCCUAAUGCCCGAUACUCUCUGUGGAUCGAUGGAAAACUCAAGCUUGUCGUGGAUCCUUAUCAAAUCCUUGAAAGGUUUUUAUGGCGGAAAAACGCAAGCUUUGCAAUAUCUAGGCACUACAGACGGUUUGACGUGUUUGUAGAAGCAGAAGCGAACAAGGCUGCUGGGAAAUACGAUAAUGCCUCAAUAGAUUUCCAGGUUGAUUUUUAUAAAACGGAGGGUUUGACACCAUACUCAGAAGCUAAGCUUCCGAUAACAAGUGAUGUCCCUGAAGGUUGUGUUAUAGUGAAGGAGCAUGUUCCCAUCUCCAAUCUGUUUACAUGUCUCUGGUUCAAUGAAGUUGAUCGCUUUACCUCUCGAGACCAGAUUAGCUUUUCAACAGUACGCGACAAGAUCAUGGUUAAGACAAACUGGACCGUCAACAUGUUCUUGGACUGUGAAAGGCGCAACUUUGUUAUUCAGGGUUACCAUAGAGAUGUGUUAGAGCAUUGGGCAUCUCCUCCUCCUCCUAUCCCGAAUUUGGUUAUUCACCCUCCGCCUCUCUUUGACAACAAUCUUAUUCGAAAGAUCGCAACAAAGAGAGGGAAAGAGAGGAGAUCACGGCGUCAUCGAAAGGUUGUGAUUGGUAAUAAAGACUUGAAUUCAAAUUUUAGAAAAUAAAAGAAAAAAAAAACAAGAAAUCUCAUCUUCCUUCACCACCCCACCAAGGGCAAGGAUCGAGAUCUGCAUUGUGUUGCCACGAGCGAGCAUUUGAUCGCUCGGGAUCAUCGCAAUGGCUACAAAUUUUUCUUUUGAAGUGUCAAUUAUAUCCCCAUUUUUUUGUUGUAUAUAUAGAUAAUAUAAUUUAGAGAUCUGGAACAUUUCUACAUUUGUCAGCCCAUUUUUGUUAUUUUUUAUAGAAAAAUAUAUUCAUUCUGAGUUAUUCAACUUUAGAACAGCUUUGGUCUUGACCAAAACAGAUAUUCAUUUUCAUUAUUGGCUUAAUUUGAACUUCUCUUCUUAAUU